GAGACCAGGGUCACUUAAGUUUGUGGGUUUUCGAAUAGUUUGGACGAUGAAUAACAGAAUGAAUAACACUUACUCCAGAGAUGACGAAACCCAAGGGAAAGCAUCCCCACCAAAUAUUACUAGUGUAACUUAUGGGAGUGUAGAGCUGGACUGGAAAGACUACUUGAAUAAAAUCCAAGAAAAAAUGAAUGCACAAUCUAAUAAAAUCAAUCCAUUAGCUGAAAUAAUUUUUAAGAAAGAUUCUUCUGAAGACUGGGAAAGUGGAUAUAUUGGCUACGAUCAUCGAUGUACAUGCAAAAACUUAGAGCCUGAUACACCAUAUUAUUUUCGAAUGCGUUUUAAAAAUUUGAAAGAAUUUGGAAAUUGGAGUGAUGUGGUACAUGUUCAAACCAAUGCAAAAAAUGAAUUUCUAUACAAUGUGUUUCACAUAAUAGAACUUCCUGUAACUGGUCAUGAAAUACAUGUUGCUGUAAAACAGGGAAAUGUCAUACGUUUACGUGAGUUACUUGAAAAAGAACAAGCAUCCAUUGAAGCGUUAGAUGAAUUAGGAUUUACUGCUCUUAUUUACUGUGCCCAGCGAAAUCUUCCAGACGUAAUGUCAAUUUUACUUGAAGCUAAUGCAAAUACGGACACCGAAUCAAGUACAGGAAAAACUGCGAUUAUGUUUGCUGCUUUCAAAGGAAACAUUGAAUGUAUAGAAUUACUACUUGAAUAUGGAGCUGAUGUAAAUCACUCAGAUAAAAAUGGUUUGACCGCUUUACAUAUGGCUGUAGAUGGAGAGCAACCAAGAGCAAUCAGACUGUUGGUUAAAUCAUCUUCUAAUUUAGAAGCUAAGGAUAACAAUCUUGGAUGGACUCCUUUAUUACGUUGUGCCGCUUUAAAAAAUAAUGGAAAUGUAGAUGUGGCCAGAGAAUUAAUUAAGCUAAAUGCUAACAUUGAUGCACAAGAUCGUGACGGUAAAACUGCACUACAUAAUUGUAUUCUACUUGGACACAUUGAUUUAUGCCGGUUUCUGUUAGAAAACAAUGCCAAUAAGAAUUUGAAAACUAACAAUGGACAUAAUGCAUUGGUACUAAGUGAAUCUGUUGGAAAUCAAAAAAUUCAAAAAUUAAUCAAAGAAUUCGUCAAUCAUAGUAAAACUUGAUUCUAAUUUCAAUAGAAUGCUUACUAUCUCAAAUAUGCAUAUCAAUUAUACUCACGUUGGAUAAUAUAUACUAUCUAAAGUAUUAGAUAAUUGCAUAGAUAGUGUUGUAGAAGCUUUCGGUCCACUUCACUUUUUCCUGUUACUUAGACUUACAAUAAUCUUUAACCCUACCACUAUUAAUCAAAACUAAGAAUUCACAUACUACCCAUUUUUUAUUACUGAUUCAUUCCCUACUAACGAUUAGAUGAUCAUACUGAAAUUUUGAUAAUUCUGUAUGUACUUACUUCUUUUUUUCUGAAUAUAUCAUGUGGUUUUUUUAUUUAAAAAAAAACGUAAUACCAGAAUUGCUUUACAUUCCCCUUCAACUUUGUUUCUGAUCAUUUAAAUCAUCAGUCAGUUAUAAUGUUUACAUUCUGAUGGAAUGUUAGUCCCAAACACUGAAUCAUUUUCUAUAUGCAUAUGUACUCAGUAUAGUUUUUAAAUUUUAACUGCACAUGGUCACAAUUACUAUACUGAUGCUGUUAAUAUAUCUAUUUCCAAUAAAAAAUGAAUAAGUUCUGUUUGUGUUACUACAGUUGGGAAUAAAGAAUUACGAUUGAAUUUGUUAUCUCGAUAAUUCUUUUGUCAUCUGACAUACAACGGAGUCAUAUAAUAGUUAUGGAAGGAGUUAUAUGUACAUACUUAUUCUUAUCUCUGAUCGUCAAUGUGAUUAAAACUAGUUGAGGUGUUUACUUACCAAAUAUUCAAUAAUACUAAGAGAACUCAAUUAACAGUCAUAGAUCAAUGGAAAAUGCAGAUUCUGAAGUUUAGAAACAUAGAUGUUGAUGCUAACUCAUAUGAUUCCAAAAGUGGCUUGUUCAAUUUUGUAGACGCAUUUCAUUAAGGACUUUACUUACACUUAGUAAUAUGAUGGCUAAAGCGUAAAAAUAUAUAGAUUAUUAAUGCGACUUAUUUAUCAACUUUGAUCCAUACUGUUUGCAUGUGAAGGGUAGUGAUACUAAUACAGUUGUCAAAGCCAAAGUAAGCAAGGUCAAGUUUCGAACAUGCAACCUAUUGCUUGAGAGUAGAGUGAUUUAUU